AUUGAAUACCAUUGUCCAUAAACCCUAGCUCCCUCGUGAAUUAUUUGAAGCUAGGGUUUUUCUGCAACUCUCCAAUCCCCCGGCCCCCGCCCAACAUGGCAGACAUCGAAAUGGACGACGCCUACACUCUCACCCUGAGCGAAGACGAAGACAUCUGCGCCUCAAUCCUCGCCCGCUUCAGCAACUCCACGCUCGAGGACCACCGCCACCUCUGCGCAGCCAUAGGCGCCAUGACUCAGGAGCUCAAAGACGAGAACCUCCCUUUGACUCCCGUCGCCUACUUAGGCUUCACGUGCUCUUCUCUCGACGGGCUCUCCUCCCAGGCCGAGCCUUCCGCUCACGUGAUUGACGCCCUCCUCACACUUCUCUCCAUUGUCUUUCGAAAAGUGUCGCCCGCAAUUCUCGUGAAGAAGUCCGAGUUCCUGUUGGAGCUCUUGGCCCGUGUUCUGCGGUCUUCGUCUUUGACGGUGGGCGCCGCACUCUCGGGAUUGAAAUGCAUAUCGCAUCUGCUCAUCAUCAGAUGCCGUGUCAACUGGUCUGAUGUGUCUUCAGUGUAUGGCUUCUUAUUGAGCUUUAUUACCGAUUCCCGCCCUAAGGUGAGAAGACAAUCACAUUUGUGUCUUCGUGAUGUGCUGCAAAAUUUUCAAGGAACACCGCUGCUCUCUCCUGCGAGUGAAGGGGUUACUAACUUAUUUGAAAGGUUUCUUCUGCUUGCCGGUGGGUCAAAUGCAGAUGCUGGUGAAGGACCCAAGGGAGCUCAGGAGGUCUUGUAUGUUUUGGAUGCUUUGAAAGAGUGUCUUUUUCAUAUAUCGAUCAAGUACAAAACUGCCGUCCUCAAGUACUACAAAACUCUUUUGGCACUGCAACAACCACUUGUUACGAAGCGCAUAACAGAUAGUUUGAAUAUACUUUGUCUCAAUCCAUCUACAGAUGUUUCUCCUGAAGUGUUGCUCGAUCUGUUAUGCGCAUUAGCUCUUUCUGUCUCCACAAAUGAGACAUCUGUCGAUGGGAUGACAGUCACAGCUCGCUUGCUUGGUAAUGGAAUGGCCAAAAUUUAUUCCCUCAAUAGGCAGAUAUGCAUAGUUAAACUCCCUAUUGUAUUCAAUGCACUCAGAGAUGUAUUGGCAUCUGAGCAUGAAGAGGCCAUACACGCAGCAGUGCAUACAUUUAAGACUCUCAUUCAUGCUUGCAUUGAUGAAAGCUUGAUCAGACAGGGAGUUGACCAGAUUGUAAUGAAUGCAAAUCUGGAUGCAAGGAAGUCUGGGCCAACUAUAAUUGAAAAAGUUUGUGCUACUAUUGAAAGCUUGCUUGGUUAUCACUACGCUGGUGUCUGGGACCUUGCAUUCCAAGUUGUUUCAGUAAUGUUCGAUAAAUUAGGGGUAUAUUCUUCUUAUUUCAUGAGGGGUGCGCUCAAGAUUUUGGAAGAGAUGGCGAAGUUAUCCAAUGAAGAUUUCCCUUUCAGGAAACAGUUGCAUGAAUGCCUUGGAUCGGCUCUUGUUGCAAUGGGACCUGAAACAUUUUUAGGUCUUCUACCUCUUAAUUUGGAGGCUGAAGACCCAAGUCAGGUGAAUGUUUGGCUCUUUCCGAUACUGAAGCAGUAUACUAUUGGUGCACGUUUGAGCUUCUUUACAGAGUCAAUUUUGGGUAUGGUUCAAACGAUGAAGGACAAAUCCAGAGAGCUCGAGUCACAAGGACGUAUUUUUUCAUCAAGGAGCACGGACGCAUUUGUACAUGCUUUGUGGUCGUUAUUACCUUCAUUUUGCAACUACGCUUCUGAUACUGCUGAAAGUUUCAACGAUCUAGAACAAGCCUUGUGCAGUGCCCUUCAGGAUGAACCUGAGAUUCGCGGAAUAAUAUGCUUGAGCUUGCAGAUUCUUGUUCAACAAAAUAAGAAAAUUGUUGGAGAAGUGAAUGAUCUGUCUGAUAGUGAAGUAGGUAGUGCCAGACACAGAGCUGUUGCUAAUUAUACCCCUCAGGUUACAGCAGACAACUUGAGCGUGCUCAAGUCAUCUGCUUGCAAGUUACUGCUUGUUCUAUCAGGUGUCUUCUUGAAUACCACAAAAGAUGAUGCGGGCUGUUUGCAGUCCACAAUUGGUGAGUUUGCUUCAAUAGCAGAUACAGAAGCUGUAUCAGCGCUUUUCCGAAGUACAAUGCUGAAGCUUUUAAUGGUUAUUAAAAGGGCUAGGAAAGCACAAAGUUAUAGAGAUUGUAAUUCCAAGCGGGCACAACUAUUUGACUUGACAGUUUCACUUUUACCUGGUUUAAAUGCUGAUGAGAUUAAUGUUCUUUUCGGAGUAAUAAAGAGUGCAUUACAGGAUGAUGAAGGUUUGAUACAAAAGAAGGCAUAUAAAGUUCUUUCAAUCAUUCUCAGGGACUGUGAUAGGUUUCUUUCAUCGAAUUCUUCGAAACUCAAGGAAUUGCCUGAAUCAUCGAAUUCAUCGAAGCUCAAGGAAUUGCCUGAAUCAUCAAAUUCAUCGAAGCUCAAGGAAUUGCCUGAAUCGUCAAAAUCAUCGAAGCUCGAUGAAUUGGUUGACAUUAUGAUUGAAGUGCAGCCCUGCCAUUCUUCAGCUAAACGGCACAGACUUGACUGCUUGUACCUCCUAGUAGCCCAUGUUUUAAAGAGCGACACAAAGCAGAGGCGGGAUGACAUUAUAAGAUUCCUGACAGAAAUAGUUCUUGCACUUAAAGAGGCUAACAAAAAGACAAGAAAUAGAGCUUAUGAUAUUCUUAUCCAAAUUGGGCAUGCUUAUGGUGAUGAGGAGAAAGGCGGGAAGAGAGAUGACCUGUUGGAAUUUUUUUACAUGGUAGCUGGGGGCCUAGCUGGUGAAACUCCUCAUAUGAUCAGUGCUGCAAUGAAGGCCUUAGCUCGGUUGGCUUAUGAGUUUUCUGAUCUUGUUUCAACCGCUAGCAAUUUGCUUCCGUCCACAUUUCUCCUCCUCCAGAGAAAGAACAAAGAAAUAAUUAAAGCUAAUUUAGGUUUGUUGAAGGUAUUAGUGGCCAAAUCACAAACCGAGGGGUUGCAAUUGCACUUGAAAAGCUUGGUGGAAGGCUUGCUGAAGUGGCAAGAUGCUACUAAAACCCACUUCAAAGCCAAGGUUAAGCUUCUUCUAGAAAUGCUAGUCAGGAAAUGUGGGCUUGAUGCUGUUAAGGCUGUGGUGCCUCAAGAACAUAUAAAACUACUUAACAACAUACGGAAGAUCAAGGAACGGAAAGAGUGGAAACUGGGUUCUAACUCGGAGGAAGCUAGAUCUCAAGUUUCCAAAGCAACUGCAUCCAGGCUGAGCAGGUGGAAUCAUACGAAAGUAUUUUCUGAUUUUGAUGAUGAAGAAACUGAGAAUAGUGAUACAGAUUAUAUGGAUGCCAAAACAGUUGCGGGCAGACGUGGCAAGGCUUCUUCCCAGCUAAAAUCCAAAGCAUCCUCAUUACGAAGAACAAAUAAGAACUUGCUUGAUCAACUAGAAGAUGAGCCACUUGACUUGCUUGACCGGCAGAGAACAAGGUCAGCGCUUAGAUCAUUUGAGAAUUUAAAGCGAAAAAUGGAGUGGGAUGAUGGGCCAGAGAUAGACUCUGAUGGGCGCUUAAUAAUUCGUGACGAAGCAGAAUCGUACAAGAAAAAGCCAUCCGAACCUGAUUCAGAUGCAAGAAGUGAAUCGGGCAGUUACUUGUCUGCAAACUCAAAGAAAACACAGAAGCGGAGGAAGACAUCGGAGUCAGGGUGGGCUACCACCGGCAAAGAGUACGGCAGCAAGAAGGCUGGUGGGGAUUUGAAGAGGAAGGACAAGCUCGAACCGUAUGCGUAUUGGCCACUUGAUCGGAAGAUGAUGAGCCGUAGGCCAGAGCAUAGGGCAACUGCAAGAAAAGGGAUAUCGAGUGUGGUGAAGAUGACAAAGAGGCUGGAAGGGAAGAGUGUCUCAAGUUCUACAGCACCAGCUGCUCCUAGUAGGUCGCCAAUCAUGGAUUCUGUAGAGUUUACUCUCAACUGUAAACAGUAG